UCGGUGCGGCAUCUCUUCUGAAUUCUAACCUACUGCAUGAUCAGUCAAGGAGCUGCAGAUUCCUCCUAGGUUUGGUAAAGACGAAACUGCUUACCGAAGACGUUGUCAAUGACUGGUGUCUCGACCACCAUGGGGUCGAUUAUUCUCAUCUUCGUACUCGCGAUUAGUGCAUCACUUGUACCGGGAGGGGUGACUCAAGAUCCACCUGCGACCUUUUUCGUGACCUCUCCUAACGUGUUUCGGGCAGGUGUAGAAGAGAAAGUCGUCGUAACCCUCAUCAGAUCCCCACCAAACGUUCAGAACAUUGAAGUGAAAGUCUCAUUGAUGCGGCCCGGUUCGACUGUGACUUUUUCGGAAGAUACGAGACUUGUCAGCCCAGGUUCAUCUCAAUCCUUUUCGGUCGUAAUUCAAGCUGGUGAUUUGAUGAGAAAUGAGGGAGCUUUCCAACACAUGGUCUUAAAGGCUGAAUCUCUGAACCCUAUCUACCCAUUCGAAGAGCAAACAGAUAUCCUGGUCACUCUUCAAUCUGGUUACGUCUUCGUACAGACGGACAAACCAAUCUACACCCCAAACCAAGACGUGAUGAUCAAAGUCAUGUCCUUGGAUCAGGACAUGCUUCCAUCAGAUCGAGAGCUCCACGUCGAAAUAAUGGAUCCUAGUGGGACCAGUGUAAAAAGACUCCGAGAGACCCAUGCCGACCUUCCGGCUUCUAUCGGGCGAUUACAGGUCCAUAAUCAUCCAGCUUCGGUGAAUGGACCGUUUCGGCUUUCUAUGGACCCGAGUUCCUUGUCAAGUCAAGUGACAUUUGUGGUCAAGGAGUAUGUUCUACCGACAUUUUCAGUGAGCAUCGAAACGCCUAAAUACAUUCUAGCCGGAGCUGAUUCAGUGGUCUCAACAAUAAUUGCUGAGUACGUAUUUGGCAAGCCUGUGAUUGGCCGCUAUACCUUCAAGUAUGGCGUCGUGGAUAAUGGGACUGUUCAAGAGCUGGGAACUAAGCAAGGGCUGCUUGGUGAUAGUGGAAGGGCUGAAGUUACUUUGGAUGAUCUCAGUACUGAUUUUGGUGAAGACUGGUUUGUUCGGUUCAGAGGUCGCCACUUCCAUGCAAAUGCAAUUGUACAUGAAUCAGCGACUCAGUUCAGCGAAGCAAGCAUCAACACGAAGGCAAUCUUCGUUGACUCACCAUACAAAUUCAGUACAAAGCGAACUGUGCAGCACUUCAAGGCUGGACUCAAUCUGCAAGUAAAGCUGGAUUUAACAUUUGCAAAUGGAGAUGUGGCCCCCAAUGUUCCUGUAAAUGUCAUAGCAACUGCCACAUUAGGAGAUGGUUCUGAGGAGCUACUACGGAGACCUGAUAUAGCUGGUGGUCAAGAGGAGAUAUCCAACACUGAUGAUCAAGGAGGAGUCAGUAUGGUUCUUAACGUCCAAUCAAGUAUAACGAGCAUUCACAUUGUGGCAGCAACUCAUGAUCCGCAAUAUCCAAACAACCAAGCUGAUAUCUCCUUUGAAGUAAGUCCAGGAGUCUCGGCCAACGGUCGUGAUUACUUAGUCAUCAGACCUCAGAACACAGAUGAUCGUAACCUGAAUGUUGAUGUGAGCACUGAUUUCUUGAUUCAGAGGAUUGGAACAACAGGAGAUCAAGACAUAGAUCUCCACUUUCUUUGCAUUACAGGUGGCAAGGUUGUUCUGGAGGGAGUUCAGAGAAGCAUAAGUGCAGCUGGCACAAACCUGGCCAUAACAAUCAGAGCAUACAUGGCUCCACAAAUGCGACUGAUCGUCUACUAUGUCACCAUGGAUGGCAGCGUUAUUGCCGACUCUCUCCUUUUAGGUGUGGAAGAAAAGUGCAGACAAGACCCACAGCUUUCUCUGGACAUUCUUCCAAGGAAUGUAGGACCUGAACGUGACGUUUAUGAACCCAAUGGGCAGAUACAGGUGGAAGUUACUGCACCUAUCGACUCCAAUGUUGGCCUUCUAGCUGUUGAUAAAGCUGUCUACCUGCUUAGAGACAAGGACCGCAUGGGCAAACAAAAGAUGUAUGAACGGAUGAGGAGCUAUGACACAGGAUGUGGACCAGGAGGGGGACAAAACACUGCUCAAAUUUUCAAGGAUUGUGGAAUGACUGUACUUACCAACGCAGGUCUGGAUGUUCCUAUUCGUGAAGAUGUUGAAUGCAUGGAUGAAGAUACAAGAAGGAAGAGAUCGAUUGACAGGGAUCAACUGUGUCUGUAUGAUCCGACUUAUCUAGCAGACUGUUUAGCUGAUAAACCAAGGUUGCGAAGGGUGCUUACAGAAGGCGGUUGGCUAUGUCCCCGCCGUGCUCGCGUUUUGGAAGCCGAGUGUAACCUAGAACCGGACCAAACACAGGUAUAUCGAGAUUGCUGUAUAAAUAGUAUGAAUCCAGUCGUGACUGCAACUUCCCGAUCAGGUGGGGAUGGUGGAGAGCAGAAUGCUGCUGUGAAGGUGCGAGAUGACUUCAGAGAGACGUGGUUUUUUGACGUUGUUUCCAUGCCUGAAGAUGGUAGUCCGUACUUAUACCCGGUCUCCAUUCCAAGUAGUAUCACGGAUUGGCAUUUGACAGCUGUCAGUCUUUCACCUACUCAAGGAAUGUGUGUUGAAGAUGAAACCACAGUGAGUGUGUUCCAGGAUUUCUUCAUCCAGCUCCACCUUCCCUACUCGGUUGUCAGGCUCGAACAGACACAAGUCAUCGCCACCAUCUUCAACUAUGGUUUCAGUGAUUUUGAGGUCAGUGUUAAUUUCACUGUUGAUCAGGGCUUGUGCACAGCGGAAAAUCCUGCCAUUCGCCACGUUUUUGUUGAAUCUAAACGGGCAGCCUCUACAACCUAUUGUACGCCCUGUGGAAGUAGGGGAAUUCCAUAUACUGUGACUGCUGGUGGAAGCAAGAAGCGGGACAGCGUCAGGAAAACUCUUCGAGUUGUGUCUCAAGGAGUUAUGCAGAGGAAAAGUAGAUCUUUGACCCUGAAUCCUGGGAGAGUGAUGUUCAGUGAUGAUGUCACCACACCGUCCCCUAAUAACAGCUUAGGCUCAGGCCCAGGAACUAUAUUUGGGGAGGGCUUUCAGCAUGAGGAGAUUGCCAUUUCUUUGCCUGGAUCUUCUAUUCCAGACACUGAAUCUUGCAGUGUCAAACUUAUCGGUAACCUACUUGGAACUGCAUCCACAGAUCCCAUAGGUGGGCUAGAUCAUCUGGUGAGGCAACCUAGAGGCUGUGGUGAACAAACCAUGAUCUACCUGGCUCCAACACUCUUUGUCUAUCAGUACCUAAUAGCCGUAGGAUCAGAUACAGCAGAACAAGAGGCACGGAUCUAUGACUACAUCGCUGAUGGAGUUGCCCGAGAGUUGACCUAUCGGCAAGACAAUGGUGCAUAUGCAGCAUGGAAGCAUCGACCUGGAAGUACAUGGUUGACGGCAUUUGUUGUGAAGGUGUUCAGCCAGGCUAAUAGGUUCACUAGGGUGGAGCCAGGCCAUGUAGAAGGUAGUAUAAACUGGCUCAUUGACAACAACCAGCUACCGUCAGGGGCUUUCCAAGAAAGUCAACAAGUAAUUCACCAGGAAAUGAUUGGAGCUGUAAAGGGAGAAACUUCUAUGACAGCAUUUGUUCUCAUCUCUCUCCUGGAGAGCCGGAAUUUACUUGUCCCUGCAAACCAGAAAAUUGAUGAGGCAAUUGGGAAAGCGACCGAGUACCUGGUUACCCAAGUUGAAAAUAUAGACAGAGUCUAUGACAAGGCUCUCGUCACUUAUGCCUUGGCGCUGGCUGAAAGCGCAAGUGUGGGGACUGCAAAUGGCAAACUGUGGGAAGAUCGAAAUGAAGAUGGUACUGGGGCUGUUAGUUUUACACCAGAUGAUGCCAACUAUGAAGAUGGCAGUCAGCCAUUUUGGCUACAGAGGAAGCCUUCUGCUAUUGAGAUAGAAACCUCCGGCUACGCUCUCCUGGCACAACUUGCCUUACUUGAUUAUCAAAAGGCAGGCAAAAUUGCUCUCUGGCUUAGCAAGCAACAGAACUAUGGUGGAGGAUUUGUAUCAACUCAGGAUACCGUAGUAGCACUACAGGCACUUGCCAAGUAUACUGAGCGUCCGGAGUUCAAUACCAUCGAUAUGAACUGUGACGUGGCAACUGAGCAAAUCCCUCUUCAUAGGUAUCACAUUGGGAAUGACAAUGCCAAAGUACAAGAAGAAGUUGAUGUGUCACCGUCAAUUGGACGCAGCUUAACAAUUGAUUCUAGAGGAACUGGGGUUGCCAAAGCAAAUGUGGAGCUGCGUUACAACACAGAAAAAUCUGAUAUUGACACCUGUCCAUUCCAUCUUAACAUCAGUGCUGUAGAAGUCCCAUCAGAUGAAGUCAGUGGUCAGAAUGUGAAGGGGCUGAUGAUAACAGUCUGCACAAGCUACAAUGGUGAUGGAACAACCCAUAUGAGCAUUGUUGACGUAGGAUUGUACUCUGGAUUUAAGGCUGUUGAAGAGGGACUUACAGGGCUCAAACAGGUGGUGAACGGCAGUGACUUAAUUUCUUCGUAUGAAGCCAGCUCACGCUCUGUUAUCUUUUAUUUAGAUACGAUUCCGAGUGAUGAAGAUCUGUGUUUUACUUUUUCUGCCGAAUCUGACGUGGUUGUAGGAAAUGUGCAAGCAGCUGCUGUACAUGUCUACGACUAUUAUGACCCAGAGAAAUCUUGCACGAUAUUCUACAAGCCUGGUGAUGGCAGUGCCCUCUUGUCGACGCUUUGCUCUGAAAAUGAAUGUAUCUGCUCUGGUGGAUCCUUAGAAUACUGCAACAUUGAUCCAUGUCCUGGGCCAUAUACAAGAAUUGACCUGGAAGGAACUGCCUGUGCAAGCCACAGUAGUUAUGCACUCAAGAUCCGGAUCGACGAGGUAGAAAUAAAAGAAGGCUUCAGGAUCUUCAAAUUUACCGUCUUGAACCCGAUAAAAACGGGAGAUGAAGAUGUACCCCAUCAGGCACAGAGACAAUUGUUCAUCAAUGAAGGUUGUGACUGUCCUAAGGUCAAGGGUCGUAAUAUUGGUGGAACCUUUUUGCUUGUUGGCCAGAAGUCACUCAAGUAUACCACUGAACAAGGAGAGGAAAGAUACCGAUACGUGUACGGCCCAACUUCUAAGCUGGAAUUUUGGCCAGCAACAAGAAAAGAAAGAAAUGCAGCGGUAUUUGAUAAACUGGUAGCAUUUGAAGCCCAAAUGGCACCUGCAAGCGCUUGUUCCAAUGAGAAUUAAGUCAUCAGUGAAAAGAAAGAGCAAAUCAUGAGCUUCCUUUUUUUCUUCUUUUUUUUUUGUCGAUGUAGAGGUCGAUGUAGAGGUGUCUUGGUCUAGUGGAUAUUAAAGUCACCAAACUUUGAAUUGCAUGGUUCACAGUUCAAGUCCCGCCUUGGCACUAAUGUCCUUUGGCCAGACAUUUAUCUACAUUUGCCACUUCUACCCUAGUUGAUGUAAAUGGGUACCCGGUAGAAUUUUUUCUUUAUAUGCUUGAGCACCUUAGCAUCGUGGUGGCUCAGCUACAGCCGGGGUAAUAAUGUGAUACUUUGUAUUAAGGGCAGUAGAGUAUAUUCAUAUACAUGUAGUAGCUGUUCUAUAUAAAUGGACAUGUCAUUAUUAUUUUCUUAAUUAUUAUGUUCCAUGCCAUUAUGACUUUACUCAUGCAGAUUCGUAAACAUUAGUUGGUAGAUUAUAUACUUGUUUUGUAUAGUAAGGCCACAGUCAGAUGUGAGAUGGUCAACCACGACAUUUGUUUAAAAAAGGACAUAUAAAAGGUAUUACGUUUCACAUUUUCGUAUCUUACAACACAGAGGUCAGUGAAUAUACAACAUGUAGGAUCUUUAUUGCGUGCAGUUGUCAUUAAUGUAUAUUUUAAUAAACUGUGGCAGCUUUGUUGAGUUGGUUUACCAUGGCAUAUCUGAACAGGCCUUAAGAAAUUAUGUGUAACUCUGACGACAAUCACUUCAAGAGGAAAUAUUGAAUUCUUCUUAUCUUUUUUCGUGAUAAAAAGGACAAAGAGAAACAAAAUAAGGAACGAGCAUACAGGUGUACAUGUGUUUGAAGGACUUAGUACAUAUUGAUCAUUUUUAUUAAUCAAAGUAGAAAGAGACUAGGCAGUGAAAUGUUUGUUUCAUCGUACAGACAUACAUCAGUUUUGGAGGUUUGAGUUUUUACACUUGUUUGACAUGUAUCUCACAAACCUCUCCAUUAGAACCUCCUUUCAAUAUUACAAAAAUAUGCAAGAAAAUUAAAAUUCCUGAAGCACAGGAAUACAUGUGGAGCUGCAGAGAGCUGCAGAUGAUUUCACAUGUAACCAUGAAACAACUACAAAGUCACAUAAUUUACCAGUACUUUUGAUAAUUUCCUGUUUGACAUUAAAUCUCCACAUUUUUAGCCUUGCAUGUAUUGCAGAGUACGAUAGUAUGAUGUACAUGUAUGGAAAUAGCAUGUAUGUAAACCAAUAAAAUAUGCUGUGUUUUACAUGUAGUUCAAUCUGUUAUGUACUUGUAAUUAUUGCAGUUCUGACAAUGACAAUUGUAGAUUUUUGGUUGAGGUAUAAUAUUGAUAAUCGCUUUAAUAAUCAGGGCCGCUAUUCAAUUGAAUGCAGUAUUUUACUCAGUUUUCAGCUAUAAAGACAAAAUACUAAGCCAAAUUUGGUAUGCAGUUGAAGACUUCGGCUAUUAGUAUUUUACCUUUAAGACAGCUCCCUAGGAGACUUGGGCCUAUUAUUUUGGAGGUCUUGAUUGGCAGACAUGAUGCUAUACCGUCUUCAUUAGCUGUGCACAAUUGUAUUAGCUAGCGCGCAUUUAAUGCGACUACAAUGCAUGGAGUUAAUGGCGUAUUGUUGUUGAUUGACAAUGUGAUGUAACAAUGCUUAUCAGCAAGUACCUUAAAGUCGGCUUACUAAAGUAAAAUGCUCAGAUAAGAUCUAAAUACGAGUUAAGACAUGUUCCAUAGCCAAGCAAACUACUAAGUAAACUACUGACUUAAUCCACCAAAUGAAUUGAAUACGGCCCCUGCCUGGUACUUUGAAAAUGUUACUUUUGUAUGGAUUGUUUCUAAUGACGAAAAAUAUGUAUCAUGUGUAUUGCAAUGCAUGUUCGUGUACACAGUAUAUGGACAAUUGUACAUGUAUUUAGUAGAAGAGGAUAUAAAGUUUAUGAUUGCUUUGAGCGAUAUUUACAUGUAGUAGCUACAGUAGGUUAAAAAAUACUUGUAUAUGCAACAUUGUUAUUAGAUCUUCUGCACAUGGAAGAUUCAAUCAUCUGUUGAGAAUUGUUAUGCAAUGAAUAAAUACAAUACCAGUAGUAGCGCCUUGGCAGAAUUACUGCUGGUUCAGUUGCUUCUCUUUUUACCAGCAUUAUAUGAUCACCACAUUUAUAUAUCAUUACAUAAACUUUGUUUUGGUGCACUAUACUUCAGAACAUACCGUCGGUUGGGUGACAAAACCUUGUAUCUCAAUUUUUUGAGAUUUUGAUUUUUUUGCAUAAUUUUGUACCUAAUGGCCUACAACACCACCUGAUAAAUCCACGGAACGCCUCCUUCUCGGGUUUUUUCACAAAUUCCACACAAACACCCUUAAACUAAACCUUGUAACUUUAACCCCCUUUGAAGCUGC